UGUGGUCCUGCUAUCACAGGGAAGGGCGGUGACGUCACCUGCUCUGAUUUGGCGAACCAUUGAACUGGGCCAGCUUGGACGAGCCGGACCGGUUGAGCCUGUGAAAAAGCUGACAGAAAGUUCUCGAUUGCCCAGGUCUGCAGUAUUAGCACCACAGUCUGCUGGAGACUAUGGAGGAUCAAACUCUGCCACGUGACAAGUGGGAUGAAAAUCAUGUGAGCUCCUGGCUGAAAUCAAUAGGAGUAAAAGACGAGUAUAUUAAGAAACUGCAUGAAGCCGAAGUUACAGGACCAGUUCUCAAGGGGCUGACAAGAGACUUUCUGAAAAACGAGACUGGGAUGAAACCUGGACAAAUACAGCUUCUGCUAUCUGAAAGAGAUAAAUUGUUGGGGUCUACAGAAUCGAAUAAACCAGAAAAAAAACAAACAGGCUUUCCUGAGAGAUCAGAAACCCAGAGGGUCUCUGCUGACCACCAGAAAAAAGCGGGAGGGAAGGGACCACCAGAGGUGGGAGCAGCGAAGGAGCCCAGUCCUGUGAAAGAGAAAAAAGCCCGAAAGGAGAAAUCAGAUCUGUCCCUUUGUGAGCCCCGGCCUUUUGACACAGAAGACACUGUCUUUAAGUACGUGAAGAACAGAGUUCUUCCACCUGAAACGGGCAUCAAAAACCUAAUAGCCCCCUGCCGUGAAUAUAAAUCUUUGGAUAAAGCUGUAACAUUAGACCAAACGAGGCUGCAGGCCAAGUUUGCCUAUGAGGUUAUCAGGUUUGCUGCAGGUUGCAUGAACAUUCGGACCAACGGCACCAUCCACUUUGGAGUCAAGGACAAUAUCAGGACUGACUAUGAACACGGAGAAAUUAUUGGUCUCCCUGUGAAGGACAGAGAUGUCUUUGUGGAUGCAUUAGACUACACUGAAAGAUGCUUUGCAAAUCCUUCUCACAAAGAAGACGCAAGACAGUGUAUCAGACCACCGAGGUUCAUAGAGGUCAUAGAUAAAGGCAGCACAGAGACAAGCUGGGUCAUUGAAGUAGACGUUGUACCCAUGGCGAAGACUGUGAAAGGUCAAGUCUACACAGUGCGUCUGCCUAAAUUUAAUGAAAAAACCAACAAGGUUGAAUUUGAAAAGAAAACAGUCUAUCAAAGAGUGGGGGCCAACACAGUACCAAUUAGUGAUGACGACCAAGUUGAGUUUACUUUAGGAAUGCCUGAAAGAGACAGCAGGAGGGAGGAAGCUGAACUGUCAGGUUCCCAGAGUCCUUCAGAUAUCCGUGAGGAUCUGGGUAGAAAACUCACACUUCUUUUGACAGGUGGCAAAAAAAAAAUGGACGAUUCUCUAUGGUAUAUUGUUGUCGCAAACAAAUGUGAUAGUGAAAAUUUGAUAAACAUAACUUUCUUGCAUCACAUGAAUAUCUUUUGUGUGCUUGAUUUUGAUCCGGACUCUAAAACCGCAGGACUAUGUGGGCAGUAUCUGCAUCACCAUGCAGCCAACUUGCAUUUUCUAGAAGACUACUCCAAUGAAAGUGGCUUGAAUACCAGUGACUUCAUAAAGAAGCUGCAGCUGUUUGAUCAGACCAGCUGGAUAUUCUGUAAUGGACGCACGGAUUACUUGGGUGACAAAAAUCCCUGUGACGAAAAGACUUGGAUUAAAACCAAGAAAAAGAACCUUAAAAAAGCAGUAUCUAUAAUCUGCAAUGAAAUUCUUCCAAAGGGCUCCUUUGUUGUGCUUUUUCUUUUAAUGUCCCAGGUUGAACAACCAUUGGUCGACACUUUCCAUGAAUUCUAUGCUGAAAUGAAUGGGCUGGAAGAUAUGAUUGUCAUCUCAGAGUCCAAAGAAAACUAUACCAAAUGGUCUUGCCUUGCCCAGGCAUCGUGCACCCUGGAACAUUUGAAUCAGAUCAGCAUUGUUGGCAUGCAAAUGAGUCACAUUGAUACUACAGUUCAAAGUAUUCAGCCUUUAACAGCAACACAGAUUGAUAAACGUUUAGCUGUUUACAAUAAAGGACAGUGUACGCUAAAAACUACUGAUGAAGAAAGAAUGUUGUCCCUUGAAAUCAUUGGUGUUAAUGAAUGUGAUAAUAUCAGCACUAAAGGUAUUGAUGAAGAAGAAGUGAAAAACAUUGAAAGGUAUUUUUACCAAGGAGGAAAAGUGAGUUGGAUUAAUUUUUGGCUUGCAGAUAAAAAGAAAUGUGGUGAGGUGAUUCAGCGGGACGCUUAUGGAGAUGCGAUUAAAAUAGUGGACAAUAUUGUAAGGUUUGGUCCCCCCCAGAAGUCAGUGGCUAGAAUAAAUAUAUACCACCACCCAGGCAGUGGUGGAAGCACUGUGGCGCGACAAACUCUUUGGAACAAGAGAAAAGAUCUCAGGUGUGCUGUUGUAAAGCCUUCUUAUCCUGUUGCAAAUGUCUGUGAACAUGCAGUCUUGCUUAGGGAGUAUGAAGAAAAAGACGCAAAUCACUGUGUUCCAGUGCUUCUCCUGUUGGAAGACUGCGAUGAAGAAUAUCUUCACGAACUCAGGCAUGAAUUAGGAGAGGCUGUCUCCUUGAAGAAAAUUAAUCCUUUGGCAACAUGUUUCAUUCUGUUAAGCUGCAAGAGAUCUCAUGAGCCUGAAAAGAUGCUCAAAGCAUUACCUUUACAGACAGUGGCUGUGACGCACAAACUCUCGGAGGAAGAAAAGAAAUUGUUCUCUAAAAAGCGUGAAGUACUUGAACAAAAGUUUGAACCAGAAUUUAUUCUGACAUUUGUGUUAAUGAGUGAGGCAUUUGAAGAACAGUACGUUAAGGACUUUGUGGAGCAUCUUCUACAAGAUAUUGACCGUUCUUCCCUUGAAACCCGCCUCAUCACAUAUGUUGCCGUGCUCAAUUUGUAUGUGCAAAAUUCAUACAUCUCUGUGUCUCACUGUGAGGCUUUUUUAGGUCUAGGUGUCCAGGUGGAGAAAAUUCGGCAGAGUUACUUCGAAAAUGCCCUAAGUAAACAAGCAAGGCUUGUCUUGAUACAUUUGAGAGAGAGCACAACUUUCAUCUCUUCCGUGCGCAUAAUUCACCCCUUGGUAGCCCAGGAAAUCGUCCAUCAGCUGUGUUCAAGGCAAACGCAGAGUACAAUCGCUAUGGCCUUCCUUCAUGAAAAGGUCCUGUUUGAACACAGAUUCGGACGAGAUGAUUUUUUGAAGUUUGUGAGAGACCUGUUCAUUAGACGCUACAAGAGAAGCAAGGGCGACAACAUUGACACUUUCUUUUCCCCACUCAUUGAGCACGUCUGCAACGUGGAGAACAACCCACCCAAGGCUAUGGAACUUCUAAAAGCCGCCUACACCUGCUUCGGAAAGGACCCUUUUUUUGCACAGCAGCUUGCAAGACUCUACUACAGCCAUGAAAAAUUUGAAGAAGCCAAAAAUUGGGCUGAAGUGGCAAAAUCACACUUGCCACACGAUUCUUUCAUCUUGCACACAGAAGGCCAGGUCUAUAAGAAGUGGUUUAAUGUAAAAUAUGACGCGCUGGAUAGAGAGGGCAAAACAGCCGAGAACACGGCCGAGAUCAUUGAAACUGCUCUUCAAGCAGCAAUGUGUUUCCGAGCCUCUGAAACUGCAGCAACAACAGAAAGAGACUGCAUGAACAAUUCUGCCUAUUUCGGAGAAGUAGAUGUUUGUUGCCGUUUACUGCAGCUCAUCUCUUCAGUGAAUGUGUUUUCCGGUGAAAAUGGCCGUGCAAAGCUCCUGAAUUAUCUACUCACAGAACACGUUCCAGAAGAAAUAAAAGAGCCGUGGAAAAAAUUUCACAGUCAUCUGAAAGGCUUGCAGAAAAGCAUAUACAAUGCUCUUGAAUGGAUUUCAGAAGAUCUGAGCUACUUUCAAACUGACAAAAGGGAGGAGGAGGAGGAAGUUAUGAACAAAGAGUUGGAACACCAAUACAACCCCAGGAAGUGGCUUCUGAGAAAAACAAGCGUGUACGCAAGCUUCUUCUGUGAGGAUAUCUCAGACAACCAGGACCUACAGUCAGAAACUACAGACAAGCUGACUCCCCUCAGGAGACAGAUGAGAAUUUACAAACUUGGAGGUGGCAAUGUAACGACCAUCUUUUCUUUACUGUCAGAUCAGAAGAAUGAAAGGUCUAGCAGAAAGCUGGAACAGAUCAUAAGUAUGUAUCCUGAAGACCCUCAGAAACAAAAGCUGGACACUACAAGCUUAGGAAAUUACAUUUUGUGUCAGAUAGCUUUAGGUUGCGUUUCACCUCGGUCUCCAAAACUUGUUACCUUGAAGAAACUUCAGGACCUUAGUGUCCGGUUUUACAAAGACCGCAAUAAUACAUCUCCCUCUAGUGCCUUUUUUCUACUCACUUUGCUGUUUUGGCCUGAUGCAAUACAAAAGGAAGAGCAAAACGAACAGAAAAAUAAAAUCCUCAUGUUAGCAAUUACCUAUUUGAAAGGGCUGUAUGACCAUAAGAUCAAGAAUGUUCCUUCACGAAAGAAAAGAAUCUACACCCACUUCUUCCUGGGAAAUGGGAAAGGUCUAGAUCGGUUUGUUCACAGAAGCAAGCUCGAGAAGUGCAUCAAAGGCACACUCAAUGAGCGGAGACUGAAGUGGCUGAGUGGGGAGGUGUGGACGACCCCAGAGGUCACGCAGCUGCUGCAGCGUGUCAAGGGGUGGACCGAGAAUGAAACCUUGUAUGUUCAAGGAUGGUGCAAGAGCAGCAAGAUACGGGUCCUCCCUUUGUAUUCUGCUUCCCUGCCUCAUGCUAAUGCAAAUGUCUCAUUUUAUCUGGGGUUUUCUUUCGAUGGUCCUGUUGCUCUGCAUAUUGAAUGCCUAAAAUGAGUGUCUAGCCAAAAUAAUGCUGUGCAGGAGGUCGUGUGUGUCAGCCAAUUAUCAGUUUUACUGUGAAUGUUUAAGCCCCUAGUUGGUCACAUUGGGGGGGGGCGGAAUUAAGUCAAAUGGAAAUAUCACUUACACAUUCAAUCAGAAAAGAUAUGUAUAGGGUUACAUAGAUGAAACAAUUGUUUUGUUUUUUAAAUAGCAAUUUUUUCUAAGAACUGUCUGACAGCUAGUACUUUGAUGUCUUCCCCCCUUCCUUCGUAUAUGGAUGAGGGACAGCUUCUCUCUAAAAUGUCUAGCACCACCCUCUAUGUUGGUUCUUUUGCAAUGCUGAUGUAACCUUAAGCUUUAUUCAAAGCAUGAUGGCACAAACUUUUUAGCUUUGUAUGAAGAUUACCUUACUUUGUAUCACUAUGUAAAUGUUAUUGAAGUACACAUGUUACAGUGGACUAAUUACUAAUAUCAUUGCUAUUGCAUUAUCAAAUCUGUAUAUACUAAAUUUUCAUAUUUGUUUUUACAAGGUUACAAAUGCAUACUCCAUUCUAAGGGCAUUUCUGUUAUAAAAUGGCAUGCUACAACACAAACCUGAAAUUCUGAGUUUCUUGCAGUACUGAGCCAUCUCCCACUGUCAAAUGUUCGCUAUAGAGCUGUCAAUGCUUAAAAUUUUAUAUAAACAGACUAAUAUGUGAACAGUAGCUAAAUAUACUAAAUAAAACACUUGUUUUCCAAAAAUGUUUACACACUAUGAACCAAAAUAAAUGCCCAGAGAAUGUUUACUUA